AUGGCUGUAGGGUGGCAUCGUCCGACAAGGUUAUUAAUUGAUACACAAGCAAUUAAGGCAAAUGUAGAAAAUGAAAGGCAGCGAAUGCCACAAGGUUCGGUGUUGUUCGCUGUUGUAAAAGCAAACGGAUAUGGACAUGGAGCUGUCGAGACAGCGCGUGCGGCAAAAGAAGGUGGAGCUUCUGGUUUUUGUGUUGCCCUCUUGGAUGAAGCUAUUGAAUUGCGACAAGCCGGAAUCACUGAACCCAUUCUCAUUUUAAGUGUGGUCGAUCCCGCCUAUAUUCCGUCACUUUUAAUGUAUGGAAUAUCUGUGACUGUAGCUACAAGGGAGUGGUUAGUUGAGGCAGCCGAGCAAUUAAAAGAAGAGUCGUAUGAACAGCCGUUAAACGUACAUAUAAAGGUCGAUACUGGCAUGGGCAGAAUUGGCUUUACUUCACCACAGGCAACGAAAGAGGCAGCUUUAUUUAUCAAGAACAAUCCUAAUUUUCACCUGGAAGGGAUAUUUACGCACUGCUCAACAGCAGAUUUAAAAGAUUCAACCUAUUUUGAUCAGCAAACGGCACGAUUUAAGGAAAACUUGGACCAACUUUCUGAAUUACCAAGGUAUGUGCAUAUCAGCAAUAGUGCGACGGCGUUAUGGCACCCUGAUAAUGUGGGCAAUAUGAUUCGGUUUGGAGUUGCGAUGUAUGGUUUGAAUCCCUCAGGUCGAUCGCUUCCGGAGCCAUAUCCACUGCAACCAGCAUUAACAUUGAUUUCAUCACUGAUUCAAGUGAAAGAACUGCUCCCUGGCGAAGGCAUCGGGUACGGAAAGACCUAUACAACGAACCAAAGAGAGUGGGUUGGAACCAUUCCUAUCGGCUAUGCAGACGGGUGGCUUCGUCAUUUACAAGGGUUCUCGGUACUCGUCAAUGGAUACCCGUGCGAAAUCAUCGGACGAAUCUGUAUGGAUCAGUGCAUGAUUCGAUUGCCGAAACAGGUGCCCGUGGGUACUAAAGUGACAUUAAUCGGCGAGGACCAAGGUCAAACGAUUACGAUGCAGAUGGUAGCUGAAAAGUUAGGAACGAUUAAUUAUGAGGUCGCGUGUACAUUUUCACAACGGAUACCAAGAGAAUAUACAAAUAAAAUAGGUAAUUCGAAAUGGUCAAAAGAAGUGACACAUAUGUUGGAGACUUAUCCCUUAUUAUCGGUUGCGGAUAAGGUUCGACCGGUUGGUAAAACGUAA